AUGUCUCGCACCACCAAGAAGAAAUAUGUUGUGGAUGAAGUACUGAAUAAAUAUGAUCUUCCUACAAGUGAACAGAAAAUAGUUAAAGUAAUAAGAAGUUGUGGUAAUAAUUUACAUGAAGUUGUUACUUCUGACGGAGAACAGUUUUUAGCCAGCAUGCCCAUGAAGUUCCGAAAGCACAUCUGGAUCAAAAGAGGAAAUUUCGUUGUUAUUGAUCCUAUUGCAGAAGGUGUGAAAGUUAAGGGAGAAAUUGCCCAAAUUUUGUUCAAGGAUCAAAUAAACUAUUUUAAAGAGCAAGGCAUUUGGCCAAAAGGUUUUCUUGAAGAUGCCACUUUUAAGAAGCAGCGUCAAAAUUCAAACUCUGAUGAUGAAUUAUUUGUAAAUACUAACAGACCUUGUAUAGACUCUGAGUCUGAAACUGAAUCAGAUUCUUGCUCAGAAAAUGAUGGUGAAUAAUUUUUAUUAAUAAAAAUAUGAAAAUGGUU